AUGCUUGGGCACACAUGUGGGGGCAUGGCGGGCAUCUGUGCGUCGACGGGAGCGGCUUGUCAGCUGGAGCCUCACACCUGGAAGCUGGGCUACUGCAUCUCAGCAGUGCGCUGGGAGCAGUUCGAGAAGCGGGAUGAAGCAGAGCUUCGCUACCGAGGGCUCUGGUCCUCCAAGGUGCUCAUGAGCCCCGAGGGUGAGGUGAAGCUUUGCUCCUCGGCUCUCGUGGAUCCCAAAGGUCUUGGGGUGGCGAUGCUGCUACUCUCAGCUAAGAGAGACUUUGAAGAUGUUCAGCCCCCUCAUGCUGCCUUGGAGAAUGGAGAUGUGCCGUUUAUUCCAGCUGAACGGUUGCCGGGAAUUCCGCAGGCGCUACAGCUUGUCUGGGACAUGGUUGCUUGGAGAAGGUCCAUCAGUUGGUUUGGUUCACGCGUUUCGGCGGAUUCGCUCUGUUAUUUCGAUGUUGAGAGGCAUCCGGGCAUUCGGGGCUACGUGGCGCUGACCAUUGACGAUGCCCCAUGCCGUUUGGGGCCAAAGAAUUCCAUGCUGCCUGAGAUUCGAGCGCUUCUGAAAGAGCAUCAGGCACAGGCCACCUUCAUGCUCCUGGGGAAGUUUGUUUCUGGUAGUGAGAACGACCUCCUUGACCUUUUAAGAGAUGGACACGAGCUGGGGAAUCAUGGUCUUGUGGACAAGAGCUACUUGGCCUCCUCUGCAAGAGAGUGUGAGGAGAUGAUAGACGAGUGCUCAGAGCAAAUUCGCGACUUGCAGCGCCGUGCGGGGAUUUCUUCCGCAUUUCGCUGGUUUCGGCCUCCUCAUGGCCAGAUGAGCUCCCCAAUGGCGGAAAUUGUGAAGCACAAGGGCCUCAAAGUUCUGAUGUGCGACGCCUAUGCAUGCUGCCCUGUGAUUCAGGAUGGUGACUUCAUAGGCCGUUUUUUGGCGAGGCGGGCCGAGCACGGCUCCAUCAUUCUACUGCACAUGCCCGAGCACGGCUUUCGCGCGCGCGGCCUGCAGGUGGUAACUGCCGGGAAGCUGGCCGAGCUGGCAGAUGGCUAUGACGACAAUUGUGUACUUCGGGACUAUAUCCAGAACUGCGACAACAGUGACGGUGGCACUCCAGUGGAUUGCUCUAAAGCUAUCAAGGUCUACAUCGACAUAGUCGCACAUGAGCUGAAAAAUGUGGAUGAUCAUCGUGAGGAAUUCCAAAUGGUCUUCAUGCUGAAGCUCAGCUGGCUCGAUCCCGACCUUAAAAACUUCAAGUCAAGCAUCACUGUUCGGGACAGAAGCGGUUUCACCAAACUUCAUCUGCGCCAGUUGAACGUUGUCAUCACGAAACUGUAUUGCAACGGCGACAUCGAGUUCAUUGAUUUGUCGGACCUUUCACUGAAACGUCAGCUCCGGCGCAAGCAUGAUUAUUUCAGCAUUCAGGAUCCAGAGUGGAAGGAGUAUUUCUUCCCGUCAUAUACUUUUCUUAAUAUGCAGAACGAUGCUGUGCAGCCUUUGGAGACCAGAAGGCUGCUUUGGUGUGGUGAGGAGGGAGGUUUCGUCUCUUAUACGGUGAAGUACGACGCGAAGUUCAAGACGAAGCUGGAUCUGAGAAGCUUUCCCAAAGAUCUUCAGCUGUGCAGGAUUCGGCUGACGGCCGAAAAGACCGUCGACGAGUUCCAGUUCGUGCCGCUGGAGAGUUCGGCCCGUCCGCAGAUGUGUGACAUGUGGGUCCUGGACAAGGAGAUCCAAUCCAAGUGCUCGGUCUAUGUUCGCCACUUGGACAGGUGCUUCCCGUACCAGUUCCAAAGGUCCUGCGUGAAUGCCGUGUUCCACUUGGAGCGGAAAGGUGAUCUCUACUUUCGCUCGAUGUUCUUCAUGGUGUUUCUCGUGAUCAUUGUGAGCCUCUGUAGUUUGAUGAUUCCGCUUGAGGAUAUCAGUGGCAGGCUGGCGCAUUUGAGUACCUGCUUCUUGGCCAUCAUGGCAUAUCGCUAUAUAGUUGGCGACAUGUUGCCGCGCAAGGAGUACCUCACGCCGGCUGACACGUAUGUCAUCUUUGCCUGCGGACUUCAAGUGGUCAUCGUGGUCCAAACGGUCCUGAUACAAUAUGUCGAUGGCUUGGUUGCGAACUCACUACUGAUCGAAAGAUGUACUGGGAUGGCUCUUUUGGUUGCAUGGCUCGUUCUGAACUAUUUCCUUCGAGGGUUCUCACGGUCCAAGCCUCAACAUGACUGGAGAAGUGUGUACCAGGACCGUCGCGAACCCUACGUCCCCAUGAGGCGGUGUUCACAGUGUGGGAAUGCAUGGCUGAGUAAGCAAUGUGAGCAUGGCGACCGCACGAAAGUCUGUCCAGAAUGUGGCACCAAAGCCGAGACUGUCUACUUGACUCCUGUCGACCAUAAACCUCUUGUGAAGCCGCAGGUAUUCCCUUCUGCACCAAGCGGCUUGAAGCAGGCUCCAGCCAACAUCUAG